AUGGCGAUGCCUGCACCAGAAGGAGUUGCAGGAGGAUCCCUUCAGGCCCUGAUAGGGAACCUGUCGGCAGCAGCGCAAGCUUUGGCUAGUGCUGCAGGUACAGGAAGUACCAGGAGUUACGACUCUGCAGCUAAGCUGGUAAAGAGUCCGGAUGUAUUCGCUCCAAAGAGUUUGGAGGAGGAAGUUUCACAGUGGCCAGACCGGAGUUUCAGUUUCAAAGUGUUUGUGGGCUUCAUUGAUCCCACCUAUGCAGAAGAGUUGAAGAAAGUGGAGCUGGCACCACCAAAUCCAGCAGAUUAUACAGUUGGUGAAAGAGAAAGAAGUACAAAGCUGUAUGCGAUUUUGGCCUCGUAUCUUAGGAACAGGCCACUAAAGUUAUUGAAGUCAGAAGGAAGUCCAGAUGGAUAUUCUGUCUGGAGGAGACUGUUUGAAGAGUUGGAGCCGUCAAGCCGAACAAGAGGGCUGGCAAUGGCUCAAGCUCUAGUGAGCUUUCCCCAGAUGACGAAGGGGACUUCUAUCUUAGACUAUCUGCCUACCUACGAAAAACUGGUUGCGGAAGACGAAAAACUGUCCGAAGGAAAACCAUACGAUGAGAAUUUGAAAAUCGGAACAGUACUCAAAGGUUUGCCAAAUGAGUUGAGGAAACAUAUCCUGAUAGGAUUGACCCCUACGACGAAGUACGCAGACAUCAGGAAGAAGUUGCUUGAGUAUGAGAGGAGUACCCAAUCGUGGAAUGCGGAGAACAUUUUGCAGUCUUUCAACAUGGAAAGCGCAACGAAGAGAGAUCACGAGAAGAGUUCCUCUAGCAAUGCCCCUCCUGCGAAGAAUGAGACUGGUCAAGUGAGGCAGAUCACAGCUGAAGCAGCGCGACAAGCAAGAAGAGUAGAGAUGACACAAGAGUGGAACGAUGAGGAUGAAGAGCUCAACUUUGUGAGAUUGUGUCAAGAGUUUGAAGGUUUGGUUCAAGGAGAGCUGAGAAGAGUUGAGGAGUUUGAUAUCUCUUCGAGCGAUGAAGUGGAAGAGAUCGAGGAGGAACCGACUGAUGGUUUGAUGGAGUGGUACCAAGGAUGGUGGUUCUUGGAAACAGAAGUUGAAAGAAGUGUGAGAAUGGUUUCUGAAGGAGAUGAUGUGAGAAGAACAGCAAGAGAAGUGGAUGCAUGUGAGGUAGUGCUCGACAGUGGAGCUGACUGCCAUGUGUUGCCUAUGGAUUGGGCAGAAGAAGUCGGAGAAACUUCGAACUUUGAGUACCAUCUGAAAGAUGCGCAAGGGAAAGUGAUCCCAACGCUGCCUGUGAGGCAGAAUGUGACGUUUGUUUUCACGAAGGAGUCUGGAAAGAAGUUGAAGAUCACUGACAGUGCUGUUUGCGGCAAUGUCACCCAACCUUUGUUUGCGGUAGGAAAGAUGUGGAAGCUAGGUUGGGGUACGGUGAAUGAAGAUGGAAGAUUGUGGCUGAAGAAAGGAAGUGUUCGGAUACCGAUAUACUUCAAAAGGAAUUCCUCAAUGGCGAGGAUGUGUAUACGGAGACUUGAAGGAGAAGAGAUGACGGUGCAGCCUGUGAGGCUGGAGCGAGAACUGAAGAAUGAGUUGAAGAGUAAAGAAGAUGAAGAUGGUUGGUUUGUGCUAAAUGACGGCACGCCUGCAAGGUUUGAUUGGUUUAUGGGGAAGACGUUUGACCCAACGGGUCAGUUCCCUAACAGGCUCUAUGAGGGAGCAGGAGAUGAAGGCGAUUAUUUUCCUUAUAGGACAACCUUGCUAGGAAAGAUGAAAAGAAGUGGAGAAAGAGUGUUGAACGAAGUGGAUUGGAAGAGUAUGGAUUUCUUUGAGUGUACGGAGAUCUGGAAGGAUCGCGAAAGAGUGCAACUUGGGGCGAGUCCUCAAGCAAGGUUUGAGGUGAUGGUCACCUUGUUGGAAAAGGGAUUGAAGGAACCGAGUGACUAUGGGUUGCUCACGAACUUGGAAGAGCUUGAAAGAGAACUGGCACAAGAAGGAGUGCCAAUGGAGGCAUAUCAGCCGGAGCUUUUGCAACUUUCGGUUGGAGCUCCAUGGGAUCAUCAGCUGAAGGCUUUGAGGUUUAAGAAGAAGAGAAUUGUGCCUAUUGAUGAUGGGCCAGGACUGCCAAGGUUGGCGGUGGAAACAGACAAAAGAGUAGAAGAGGAAAAGAGAAGCGAGCCUUCGCCGCCAAGCGACCGCCAAGGAAGCUCAAGUUCUUCUAGUAAGAGUUCGUCGCUGUCUGGAGCAACGCCAGAAGCAAUGGACGACGAGAGCGAUGACGAUGAUGAUGAUCCAGGAGAAGUGAGAACAAAGAGAAAAGCGGAAGAUGAAUUGGUGCCCGAUGAAAUGACGUUGGAGGAGUUUCAAAGAGAAGUUGCAAAGAGGAAUGCAGAAGAAGAAGGAGAAGGGUCACCGAAGAAAGGACCAAGAGUAGACGAAGGAACUGGAGAGGUAGAAGAAAGAGUUGAAAAGGUGCCAAGACUUGGAGACGAAGCACGAGGAAGUGCGGCGCGAGUGGAAUACCACAUUCGGAGAUUCGCCAAGAGCGAGGAUCCCGAAGAGCAUGGAGAUGAGUAUGUUGAUCUCGACGAGACACAGCUGUUUCUGGAAGAAAGUCGAGAGUUCCAGAGCAAGUGGAACGAGAAGGUGUGUGAGACAGAAGAGGACCUAACGACCUUCGCAAACAUGCCGACUGUCAUCGAUCCGGACCUCGUCCAAGAGCUCGCCAAAUGCUUCGCUGGGCAGCCGGCCUUGAAGGAAGCGGCAGGCUUCAGCUUUGUUGUCGACCACUCGGGGAAGCUGUUCAAGGGCAAGCGAUGCACGCUGAAGGAUUUGACUCAUAAUCCUGAUGUCAUCGUUGCUACCAUGCAAGCCGUGCAGAAAUCCAGACAGAGUUCCUUCACCGUCAAAGAAGGCAUCCUUCAGUUUUAUGAUGCCAACAAUUUGUGGCCUCGUGGCUUGAAUUCCCGAAUGGAGUGUAUUCAAGAUUGGGCUCUGAUGAUGGGUGAUGCCAUCAAGCGCUUGGCUGCUCAACUGAAACGGAAGGACCACCAGCUGAAGGACAAGAAGAUUCAGAUUCCGAAGCGAAUGAUGAUGACAGAUUCGGUGAUGAGCCGGGUGUGCCAGCAGUUUUCGGAUCUUCGGUUGUACAACAAGGAAGAUGGGAAUCCUACUUUCAAGUUCAGACCUUCAGCUUCCGACGCGAAGGUGGUUCCAAGCUACGCUUCUAGUUCGAUCAUCCUAGCAGCUUUGCUUUGUGACAGGUAUGUGCAGCUAGAUGGCAAUUGCAUUUGUUGCCCCGGUUCUGAGCCCAAGGUUAUGGACAGUUUGGCCUCGACAUCCCCACCUUCUCAGCCUUUCCCUCUCAGCGAUCAGUAUGCCCCUUCCUUCCGGUUCCGAGUGGGUGCUAAACCUGCUGACAGUGGUGAGGCUGAGAAAGCACCCGAUCCACAGAUGCCAUUGGCUGCUCCAAGGUUUAAGUUCAAGGUGACUAAGAAGGUGAGUAAGAACGUCAAGAAGAAGCCCGGCAAUAAGCGCCGAAAGAACACCGUCGAGAAGGAGCACAUUUAUGGGGACUACGUUCCGAAUAACUUUCUUGAAAGGGCCAAGGCUUUCAUCGCAGAGGCGAAAAAUGACGGUGCCACUCCGGCAGAAGCCCGCACAAUGUGGGUCGAAAGCCGGGAACGAGCCGUGCUGUUGGCCGACAUGCCUUUGAGCGAACUCAAACGCCGGAGAUUUGUGGGGGCAGGAGUCCAAACGAAUCCGUUUAAAGUUGCGGCACUUGGCGGCUGA